CCACGGUGGCCUGAACCCUCGCCGCGCGCCGAUGCCGCAGGCCUCCUCCUCCUCCUCGCCGGCGCCGGCGCCGGCACCGCCGCAGCCUGCUGCUGCGGAUGCCUCUCCGGCGGCCGUUCGGGAUACCGAGGAGGCGCCGGGAGCGCAGACGGCGGCGCCGGCGCAGCCGGAGGCCGUGCUGACCGCCGCGCAGAAGGCGCUCCGCUCCAAGCCGGCGCGGCCGCCGGAAGACGCCGACAGGAAGAAUAAAAAGCUCAAGGAUGUGGAGAUCAGUUUUCCAAUUGUCUAUGGAACCAUUUCUUUCUGGCUUGGUAAAAAAGCAAGCGAAUACAACUCUCACAAAUGGACCGUGUAUGUCCGUUCUGCAACAAAUGAGGAUCUGAGUGUGAUAGUUAAGCGUGUGGUGUUUCAGCUUCACCCGAGUUUCACUAAUCCGACAAGAGUUGUAGAGCAACCACCUUUUGAAUUGUCUGAAUCUGGAUGGGGAGAAUUUGAAAUAGCAAUAACUCUUUAUUUCCACAGUGACGUAUGUGAAAAGCGCUUGGAUUUGUUUCAUCAACUUAAACUGUAUCCUGAAGAGGACACUGGACCACAAUCAACUAAAAAACCCGUUGUUGUGGAAACAUACGAUGAAAUUGUCUUUCCUGAGCCCACGGAGGCCUUUUUCCAACGAGUUCAAAAUCAUCCAGCUGCUACUGUGCCUAGGUUACCUCCUGGUAUAACCUUGCCUCCUCCAGGCCCUAUGGAACUUGUGCCACAUGAAAAGAAGCGUGGUGACACUAAGGAUCAUCCUUUGAGCCAGUGGUUCUCAAAUUUCUCUGAAGCAGAUGAACUAUUAAAAUUGGCUGCUGCUCGUCAACAGGUGCAAGCUCACAUAGCUAAGCUGAGAAGGCAAUUAAGCAUGAUAGAUGGAAUGCCUCAGCAAUCCAAAGUUGUUUCUGUUCAAAGCCAACAAUUUGGGCACGGCUAAUCUGCAGCAAGCACCGUUGUAAGGAAGAUAACAACUCUCUAACUAGGUGUUGACAAGUGUAUCACUGUAUUUCCAUUGUAGCUGCCUCAGCCCAUGGGCUUGCAAUUAAUGUACUAACCAGCAGUGUAUUGUGCGUAUAUUCUAUGUAUUCUAUGCUUUCAUGCAUCGUAUGGUAACACCUGCUUCUCUGAUUUCCCCCUUCAUUCCAUACUAAAAGGGCUCAUCUAAGCUGUUAAUAUUUGUCCUGUUGAUGGGUGUUCUAGAACAAGUACGUUUGCUUGGUUUAACACCUUUGACACUUCAAAAGUUCAAACAGUGAUGAACAUUGACAUUCUAGGCUCAGGAACGUGCUAUGCUUCUUGAUUCUGUGACGGAGAGCAUCUAUUAACGCGCUUAGCGUGGGUAACAGUUAAAAACUGUGCUGCUGA